ACUUCUUGCUGAUUGGUUUUUACAGGCCAUCAGAGUAAUGGAGGUACCAGUGGUAAAGAUAAGAGAAGGCCACGCAGGCGCCGAGGAGAAAAUGAUGAUAAAAUCUAUAGUCAAUAUGGACAUUAACACCCCAUGCAUAAUGACAGACAACGUCCAGGAGUUUGGAGAUGGAGACAACACUGAUUUCGAAACGGUGUUCGUCCUCACAGACUUUGAUUCUUCUGACUACAACUAUCUCUACAAACACGACAACCGCAUUGUUGGGCCUCCUGUUGUGCUACACUGUGCUGCGAAGGAGGAACCUCUACAGUUUUCAUGUCGUCCUCUCUACUCCACUACAAUGCUUAACCUGUCGCUGUGUUUCACUGGCUUUAGGAACAAAGAUGAAAUGAAGAACUUGGUGAAUCUGGUUCAUCACAUGGGUGGGACCAUCCGGAAAGACUUCAGCACCAAGGUUACUCAUCUCAUCGCCUACUCCACUCAUGGAGAGAAAUACAGGCUGGCAGUGUGCAUGGGGACGCCUAUUCUCACUCCAUCAUGGAUUCAUAGGUCCUGGGAGAGAAGAGAUGACGUGUACUUUCAUGCAGGAGAAGAGGAGUUUCGAACAGAGUUCAAAGUGCCUCCGUUCCAGGACUGUGUCCUCUGUUUUUUGGGUUUCUCAGAUGAAGAGAAGGCCAACAUGGAGGAGAGGACCCUCAAACACGGUGGCACUUAUCUUGAGGUUAAAGAUGAGAGGUGUACACACAUGGUGGUGGAGGAAAACUCUGUAAAGGAGCUGCCAUUUUCUCCCUCCAAGAAACUCUUUGUGGUCAAACAAGAGUGGUUCUGGGGAAGCAUUCAGAUGGACGCUCGGGCAGGAGAGUCCAUGUACCUCUACGAGAAGAGCGACAGCCCAGCCAUGAAGAAGACAGUGUCCCUCCUGUCCCUCACCACCCCCAACAGUAACCGUAAGCGUCGCCGUCUCAGGGACACGCUGGCUCAGCUUACCAAGGAGACGGAGAUCUCCCCUUUCCCUCCACCACGCAAAAGGCCGUCAGCAGAGCAUUCCCUGUCCAUGGGUUCUCUGCUGGACAUAUCUAAUACCCCUGAGACAUGCAAGGCCUUGGCAGACAGAGUAGGGAACCGUUCAGAGAGCAAAGGAGAAAAUAAUGUGACCAGGAAUAGGAUGAGAAGAAGGAAAACCAGGGAAAGGAUGAUUAGGACAGACGAGAGGAGGAAAAGGUCCUACCCUGGUACAAGUACUCUUCAACAACCAGAGGAGGAGCAGCAGCAGCUGCCAGUAACUUCUGCAGAGAGUUCAAAGCCAUCUAAGAGUUCGACUCCGGUUCUAUCCAAGCAGUCAGCCAGGUGGCAGGUCUCGAAGGAGCUCUACCAGACUGAGAGAAACUAUGUGGACAUUUUAAGCACCAUCCUACAGCUUUUCAAGCUUCCAUUGGAAAAAGAGGGGCAGGUGGGUGGACCCAUCCUGGCCCAAGAAGAAUUGAAGACAAUAUUUUGCAGCAUUCCAGAAAUCUAUGAAGUUCACACUAGAAUAAAGAGUGACCUUGAGGAGCUCUUGACAGACUGGUCAGAGGACAAGAGUGUAGGAGAUAUCAUCCUCAAAUAUUCUAAAGAGCUGGUGAAGGCCUACCCACCCUUUGUCAACUUUUUUGAAAUGAGCAAGGAAACAAUUGUUCGUUGUGAAAAACAAAAGCCUCGCUUCCAUGCUUUUCUCAAGAUCAACGAGGCCAAGCCAGAGUGCGGCAGGCAGACCCUGGUGGAGCUGCUGAUCAGACCUGUACAGAGACUCCCUAGUGUGGCCCUUCUUCUUAACGACAUAAAGAAGCAUACGCCAGAUGACAACCCAGACAAGAUAACACUGGAGAAAGCAAUUGAGUCUCUGAAAGAAGUCAUGACUCACAUCAAUGAGGACAAGAGGAAGACUGAAGGCCAGAAGCAGAUCUUUGAUGUUGUUUAUGAAGUUGACGGCUGUCCUGCCAACUUGCUGUCUUCCCAUCGCAGUCUGGUUUACCGAGUAGAAACAAUAGCUCUGGGAGAUCAGCCUUGUGACCGUGGAGAACAUGUCACACUCUUCCUCUUCAAUGACUGCCUUGAGAUUGCAAGGAAGCGACACAAGGUGAUCAAUACAUUUAAGAGUCCGCUGGGACAGACAAGACCACCACCCCCACUCAAACACAUCGCACUGAUGCCGCUGUCCCAGAUUCGAAGAGUACUGGACCUGCAGGACACAGAGGAGUGUGUGAAUGCAUUCGCCUUGGUGGUUCGCCCUCCAACUGAACAGGAGAACUUGUUGUUCAGCUUCCAACUGGCUGGAGACGAAAUGGUUAAAAGCGCCUUGUUGCGAACACUUUGCCGCCAUGUCGCCAACACCAUCUGCAGGGCUGAUGCGGAGGACCUGAUUCAGUGUACAGACCCAAACUCCCUACAGGUCAACACCAAGGAUAUGGACAGCACCCUAAGCAAAGCCUCCAGGGCCAUCAAGAAGACUUCUAAAAAGGUGACAAGGGCGUUCUCUUUUACUAAGACCCCAAAACGUGUGAUCCAGAGGGCAUUCAUGGCCAACAGUACUCCAGAUGAGAAAAACCAGAGGCUGAGUUGUGAAAACCGCAUUGGCAGCAGCUCCACAUUGGCUAUGUCUCGCUCUGCCUCCACGUUCAGUUUGAGUGAUUCUGCAAAGAGCAGUGCUGUGGUGCAGCGCUCUAACUCUCUGGACCAUCCUCCUGUCAGGGCCAGGGUUCCUGUCUGUAUACGUACCCCCUGCAGCCCAGCCCAAAACCCUGCCCAUAUCCCUGGCCCUGAGUUCAGCCAAAGCCUCUGCCCCAGCUAUUGCCCUAGCACCCAAGAACCCAAGUCCAUUCUUCAUGCUCCAUUAGUGUCCCAACCAGCCCAAGCUCAUUCAGGCCUCUACAAUUCCCAACAGUCCACCUUUUCAACUCAGCCCACCUCCAUCUCCAUUCCAGCUGUCCGAAACUCCGCUCAGCUCAACCCCAAAACCUCCCAUCCAACAUUUAGCCAGCAUGUUUCCAGACACCUACCCUCUGUAGGGUUCCAGCCAAGGCUCCUGGCUCCUCAGCCGGUUAAUGUCAAAAGCAUGACCUUUUCUGAGUCAUGCAGGGAUCCCCAAGUCCCCUUGGAACCACGCAAGGCUGCCCUGAAUAGUCCUCGCAGGGAGACUCUGCUCUAAACCAUGGCUAAGUUCAGUCCUGGAGUCUGAUGCACACCAUUCCCCCUCCAUGGUCAAUCUGCCCUCCAUGUUUGAGAGGAAGUACCACACAUUCAGUCGUUCAACCACCCACCUCUUCUGAGACACUGCUGCUUGGGAGGGUGCAAAAAAGUAGAAGCUACCUGUAUGGCUAACUAGCAUUUGUCCAUACUGGAGCUCAUCACAGAUUUUCCAAAUCCAGAAGGAAAAUGGCAUUGAAGGCACUGAAGAAUUCAGAGUUCCUUAGCUACUGCUACAUUGCUUCACAACUUUAACUUCGGCCAAGAAGGGUUAAAACAAUAAACCAAUUGUUCAUCAACCUGAUGCCUACCAUAUGAUGUAUUCAGUUAAAACUGGUCUGUGUUGCUGACGAGGCAGUUUGGUGCUUCUUUCCAAACAUACACAAUGCUUGAAUUAAGACUAGAAGCUAACUGGAACGGUACUGCACCUUGCUAAGGGCUACAGGUGUGUGAUUACCACUGUAAUAUAAAGUUUGCCUUACCCUUAAAAAAUGAAGGAUGAUCUGCUUUUUGUCUGCACUUGUUAAUGGAUUAUAUUGACACGCUUGAUUUUUUUGUUAAUGUACUUCACCAGACACAUUGUCACAUGUUUAUACCUUGCCUGUUCAGCUUCCUGGUUGGUUAUCAUUGUUGGCAGUGUUUAGUGAAGUGUUAACACUUAACUAUUGACCAAGUAAACCACGUCUGUCAUCUGGUUAAAAUUGGAACGUUUUGCUGUCCUCAAAUGCUAGUUUUAUUUCACUGUGCUUUAAAGAAAUAAAAAUACUUUUAACUGUACAUGUUUAGGUAUUUCUAUUUAACAAAUGCAGGUUGUUAAGCUCUUUGUGAGUUUUAUGUACUAGCUAAAGUUACAAGGUUGACCUCUCUUGCCCUUUACCGUGUUGUAACUUUUUAAUUACCUUUGUACCUUAUGACCUUUAUAUUAACUGACAUUUAAUGAUGUUUUAUUGUAGUGGGGUAGACUUAAUUUCACCUGAUAUAAUAUUACUCCUUGUAAUUAACCCACCUUCAACAUUUAAAUAUAAGAUAGUUUCCAGCUUUUAUAAAGCUUCUAUUGUAACAUUUAAGAGAAUCGGUUAGAAGAAUAAAAGCUCUUAUGCGCUGUUCCCUGUACAGCCGUCCACAUUUUAAAAGAUGUUUUUACUGUCUGUCUAUUCCGUGCCUGUGUAUCUGUGUGUAUGUUUAAGAAGGAAUGCUGCAUCAGUGUACAUAUUUAUUCUUGACAAUACACUUUUUUAUUUUGCUAUUUAUGUUUUCCAGUUUUAUCUCUCUUUUUCUCUAAUGCUGUUUUUAUUGAAUUUAAUCGUCUCCUGUUUCAUCUCUGUAUUAAAUACACUAAAACAUGUAUCUGAA